AUGGAGACUUCAGAUUCGUCCGUGAGCCGAGGUGGUGUUGUGGAAGUGAAGAAUGACGAAGACAUAGAUAAGUUCACUACUGCAGGGGUUUUAGACAUGCUUGGCAACACAUAUAAGACCAAACCCACUGCCUGCUUCUAUCAAAAUCCAAUCUUUAGUGAUUUGGAUGUUGGACUUGAACCUCUAGCUAGUGAUGAUGAUGCAAGAUUGUUGUUUAAUAUACUUGUAGAAGUUAAUGGGCCCUGUAAACAGGUUCACUUGUACUUUGAGCACAAUGUAGUAGAUGUUCCUGAAGAAAUUUCUUUAGAUGAGGAAGAAGAUGAUGAUCAGAGAAAGAAAGAUGAUCAGGGACAGGAAGAUGAUCAGGAAGAAGAAUGUGAUCAGGAAAAGGAAGGUGAUCAGGAAGAUGACACCAUAGAGGACAGCAGCUACAAGCUGGGACCGGGUGACAACAAUUCAGAGGAGUUUGAUGAUGGAAGAGUUGAUUCAGGUGGAGGUGAAGGAGUAUAA